AUUCAGGGAGAUAAUAAGAUAAAGAAAAAAAGUGAGGAAAAGAUUCCACUAACCCUAGCCACCAUGACGCGUGACGGCGUGCCGCCGCCGUCGGCGGCCGGUGGGGGCGGGGACGGGCCGCGGCGGUGCUCGCAGUGCGGGCACCACGGGCACAACGCGCGCACGUGCACGGCGAGGCCCGUGAAGCUCUUCGGCGUGCGCAUCGGCGACAAGCCCAUCCGGAAGAGUGCCAGCAUGGGCAACAUCGCGCACCUCGCGGCGGAGGCGGCCGGCGGCGGGAGGGAGGAGGGGUACGGCUCCGACGGGGAACACGAGCGGCCGCCCAAGAAGCGAGGUGAGGCAUGGACUGAAGAGGAGCACAAAAAGUUUCUACUUGGGUUGAAUAAGUUAGGGAAAGGUGAUUGGCGUGGUAUAUCACGUAAUUAUGUUAUUUCAAGGACACCUACUCAAGUUGCUAGCCAUGCACAAAAGUAUUUCAAUCGCCAAAUAAAUGUGCAUAGGAGAAAGAGAAGAUCAAGCCUCUUUGACAUGGUGAUAGAUGACCCUGCUGAUCAGUCGCUCUCGCGUUCGUCCUCACAAGAAGUGGAACAACAUUUGGAGGAUCUACAGCCUGCUGUGGCCCCUCCUGCACCUGCGGUCUCUCCUGCUGCUGUGUCUCCUCCUGUGCCUGUGGAAACGCCUGCUUCAGUCCCACCGCCAGUUCAAGCUCCAGUUCCAGUAGUGGCACCUCAGCUUAUGGAACAGGACUCAGUUGCCUCAAGUUCAAGCGCUGGAGAAGCAGGGAUGGUGGUGCCUGAAGCCAUGCCCCCCUAUAUUUAUCCAAUGAUGAUGCCUCCUCCGUACUACCACCCUGCAUUUGUUCCAGUACCAUGCUACAGCUAUGUUCCUGUUUUCUAUGGGCCACCAGGUGUGGCACAAGCACCACAUGAGGUUUUCAAGCCCAUUGCUGUGCACUCAAAGCCUCCGUUAAAUGUCGAAGACCUUUACAGUAUGUCUGAACUGAGCCUGAAGGGUGACUCAAGUGCAAACGGUGGAGUGCCUGCUUCUCCCUUGCCUCCAAAGCCAAUUGGUAGACCGGAGAGACAAUCUGCUUUCCAUGGAAAAGGACCUACUGGUGGCUCGUCAGGUGGACUAAUUCCAGCAGUCAAGUGACGUGACUCAGCUCCUAAACAUGCCUUCAUGUGUAUGUAAUACUUAGAAGAUAGCCAAAUCAUAAUAGCCUGUGCUGCUAAAAUGGUGUUGUGGUUAAUGCAAAAUAUUUUUAAUGCUCAUUUUAGAUUUCAUGUUUUGGAAGUCAUUAUCUGUGGGUAAAUAUAUUGUUUGUCAUAGUGUCGCA